AUGGCGACGGCGAUACAAGCUCUCAAAGGCGAUGCGCCGCAGCAGGUUCGGUCUUUGUACCGACAGAUGCUGAGGCAAGGCGACCAGUUUGCUGCGUACAACUUCCGCGAGUACGCAAAGCGGAGGACGAGGGAUGCGUUCAGGGAGAACAAGAAUGUCGACGACCCCCGGCGGGUGCAGGAGCUGAUUCAGAAGGGAAUCAACGAGCUCCAGGUCAUGAAGAGGCAAACGGUUGUCAGUCAGUUCUUCCAGUUCGAUCGGUUAGUGGUCGAGGGCGGUGCCUCGGGCAAGCAAAAGGGCAGCAAGGGAGAUAUCGUCAGGCAAAAGGACCAAGGUUGGGAUUAA